AUGUCUCUGCUGCCUCCCGAGGUCGCUACCGAGCUGAACCAGCUCCUGCAGGCCCUGCAGUCGCCUGAUAACUCCAUACGAUCCCAGGCCGAGGAUCACUUACAGAACAACUGGACAGCCGCACGCCCCGAGAUCCUGUUGAUGGGCUUAGCCGAGCAGCUUGCUGGUGCCCCCGAAUCUUCGGUAACUACCAUCUCCCUUCCGAAAUCCACCCCCCCCAUUGUGAACACGAUCGGCUAUUCGCGUCUUCGUUCUUUCGCUGCCGUCAUAUUUCGUCGAAUCGCUUCUAAGACGAGAAAGACCGAUAAAGGCGAUAAUGCCGAGAUAUUCAUUUCUCUACCACCUGAGCAGGCCCAGGUUAUCCGCCAGAAAGUCCUCGAAGCUCUAGCCAACGAAUCCGAUCGAUUGGUAAGGAAUAAAAUCGGAGAUGCCGUGGCUGAUGUUGCCCGGCAAUAUUCUGAAAAUAGCGACCAAUGGCCUGAGAUUCUUGGGGUUUUAUUCAACCUGAGCAUGGCGAGCGAUGUCGGUCAGCGCGAGACCGCUUACCGCGUAUUCGCAACUACACCUGGUAUAAUAGAAAAACAGCACGAGGGUGCAGUCAUGGAGGCGUUCGAUCGUGGCUUCAAGGACAACUCGGUCGCCGUACAGUUAGCCGCUAUGGAGGCAUUUGCUUCAUUCUUCCGCAAUCUCAGCAAGAAGGCCCAACCAAAGUACUUUUCGCUUCUUCCCACCGUCUUGAACAUCUUGCCCCCGAUCAAAGACUCGCAGGACUCCGAUGACCUUAGCAAAGCUCUAUUGGCUCUGAUUGAGUUGGCUGAGACGUCACCGAAAAUGUUUAAACCCUUGUUCCACAACCUUGUCAUGUUCAGCGUGAGCGUCAUUCAGGAGAAAGAGCUGUCUGAUUUGUGCCGGCAGAACGCUCUCGAACUCAUGGCCACCUUCGCUGACUACGCUCCGUCAAUGUGCCGAAAAGAUCCUUCCUAUACGAAUGACAUGAUAACCCAAUGUCUAAGUCUAAUGACCGACCUCGGAGAGGACGAUGACGACGCAGCUGAGUGGCUAGGCAACGACGAUCUAGAGUCUGAAGAAAGUGACCUGAACCAUGUAGCCGGUGAGCAGUGCAUGGAUCGGCUCGCGAAUAAGCUUGGAGGGGAGACAAUUCUGGUUCCUACCUUCCAUUGGUUGCCAAGGAUGAUGACAUCUAUGGCUUGGAAGGACCGCCAUGCCGCACUAAUGGCAAUUUCCGCCAUCUCGGAAGGGUGCCGUGACCUGAUGGUUAAAGAGCUGGACAAGGUUCUCGAACUUGUUGUCCCUGCUUUGAAGGACUCUCACCCUCGAGUGCGUUGGGCUGGUUGUCAGGCGCUGGGUCAGAUGAGCACGGAUUUUGCGCCAACAAUGCAGAAACAGUAUUACGACGUUAUCCUCAAAGCUAUUAUUCCCGUCUUGAACUCUCCCGAGGCUCGUGUAAAAGCACACGCUGCGGCGGCUCUUGUUAAUUUCUGCGAGGAAGCGGAGAAAAGUAUACUUGAACCCUACCUUGACGAACUUCUUUCGCACCUAUUCCAGCUUUUGCAAAACGAGAAACGCUACGUUCAAGAACAGGCUCUCUCGACUAUCGCCACAAUUGCAGACGCUGCCGAAGCUGCCUUCUCUAAAUACUACGACACUCUCAUGCCUCUCCUUGUCAACGUCUUGCGACGUGAGAAUGAUAAGGAAUUCAGGUUGCUACGCGCCAAAGCUAUGGAAUGUGCUACUUUAAUCGCUUUAGCUGUCGGAAAAGAGCGUCUUGGAAAUGACACUAUGACGCUAGUGGAUCUUCUAGCGAACAUUCAAGCAAACAUUACUGAUCCUGAUGACCCCCAAGCGCAAUACCUAAUGCAUUGCUGGGGUCGGAUGUGUCGUGUUAUGGGCGCCGAAUUUCUCCGUUUCCUACCCGCCGUGAUGCCGCCUCUAGUUGAACUAGCUAGUGCCAAGGCGGAUAUUCAGCUUCUUGAUACAGAGGACGAAAUUGAACAACUACAGCAGGAAGACGGAUGGGAACUAGUUCCACUUAAAGGGAAGAUGAUCGGGAUUCGAACUAGCACCAUGGAUGAUAAACAUAUGGCAAUCGAACUGCUUGUGGUGUAUGCACAAACCUUAGAGGGCCAGUUUGCGCCUUAUGUGGCCGAGAUCAUGGAAAAGAUUGCACUUCCAGGUCUAGCCUUCUUUUUCCAUGAUCCCGUUCGGUUUAUCUCAGCCAAGCUGGUACCGCAGCUUUUGAGUUCUUACAAGAAAGCCUAUGGGCCGGAUUCUAACGAGCUUCGUGGAUUAUGGGCUGGCACAGUAGACAAACUACUCGAAGUCCUGACAGCAGAGCCCGCUAUCGAUGCCUUAGCUGAAAUGUACCAAUGCUUCUACGAGUCUGUUGAGGUCCUUGGCAAGAAUUGCCUCACUCAGGAACAUAUGGGCAAAUUCAUUGAUGGCGUCCACUCUGCUAUUGAGGAUUACAAGGAUCGCGUGACCCAACGCGAGGAAGACCGAGCCGGUGCCACUGCAGAAGAUGCGGAAGAUGAAGCCGAAGAUCUCUUACUUGCCAUUGAGGACGACCAGACUCUGCUUGCCGAUAUGAACAAAGCCUUCCAUUCAAUCUUCAAGAACCACGGCGCCACUUUCCUCCAGCCCUGGGAGCGUCUUAUGGGUAUAUAUGAGAGUUUCCUCACAUCUCGCGACCCGACACAACGCCAAUGGGGGCUUUGUAUCAUGGAUGACGUCCUGGAGUAUUGCGGACCAGAAAGCGUGCGAUAUGCUCAAUCUAUAAGCACUGCGCUUCUUGAAGGUUGCAAGGACUCUUCUGCGGCAAUCCGCCAAGCAGCUGCGUAUGGUAUUGGAGUGGCAGCCCAUCAUGGCGGCAUUCACUGGUCUCAGUUCCUCGCGUCCUCCUUACCGUACCUCUUCCAAGUCACACAGGUACCGGAUGCACGCGGCGAUGAGGCUGUCUACGCUACAGAGAAUGCAUGCGCUGCCAUCGCGAAGAUUUUACACUUUAAUAAGCAAAAUGUGGAAAAUCCUCAGGCUGUGGCAAACCAAUGGGUUAAUACGCUCCCAGUCACUAAUGAUGAAGAAGCAGCACCAUAUGCGUACGGAUACCUAGUGGAAUUGAUUGAGCAGCAAAACCCAGCCGUUACAAGCCAAGUAGACAAGGUCUUUGUUUACGUUGGGCAAACUUUAGAAGCGGAAAUGCUUCAUGGCCAGCUUGCCGCUCGUGUUGCUGGGGCCGUCCAGAACCUUCUUGUUGCGGCUAACGUUGACCCUAUACCUUUAUUACAACAGCAUUUCCAACCUGCAGGGCAAGAGAUAAUUCGUCGCCAUUUCACCUAG